AUGUCUUCCACCGCGAACGGAUCUACUUCGAAACGGAAGCAGCCUCCCUCCGAGACAUCGGACCGACCAUCAAAGCGAAGACCUUCCCAAGGCGCCGACACGAUGCGAUUACAACCUUAUGAAAAUGGCAUCUCAGCCUCGAAGCAUGAGACUCUCAACGGCGACAGCGCAAUGGAAGAGGACGAGGGCUCAGAGAUCGUGUACGAUGGAGCAGCCGCCGCAGACACAGCAGAAUGGCAGGCGACGAUCGAGAAGGUGGUGCGGAAUGUCGUCAGCAUCCACUUCUGCCAGACCUGCGCCUUCGACACAGAUUCGGCCAUUGCGAGCGAGGCGACGGGGUUCGUGGUGGAUGCUGAGAAGGGUUACAUCUUGACGAACAGACAUGUGGUUGGCGCUGGACCGUUCUGGGGUUAUUGCAUCUUCGACAACCACGAAGAGUGCGAUGUUCAUCCUGUCUACCGCGAUCCUGUGCACGAUUUUGGUAUCCUCAGAUUCGACCCCAAGGCUAUCAAGUACAUGCCUCUGGCAGCGCUCACACUACGACCGGACCUCGCGAAAGUGGGCGUAGAGAUCAGAGUGGUGGGUAAUGAUGCUGGGGAAAAGCUGAGUAUUCUGUCCGGUGUGAUCUCGAGACUGGACCGCAACGCACCUGAGUAUGGCGAGGGGUACAGCGACUUCAACACCAACUACAUACAAGCUGCGGCUGCCGCUUCUGGAGGCUCGUCAGGAUCUCCAGUAGUCAACAUCGAUGGCUUUGCGGUUGCACUACAGGCGGGUGGACGUGCGGACGGGGCUGCAACCGAUUACUUCCUACCGCUCGACCGACCUCUGCGAGCGCUGAAUCGGAUAAGAGAGGGCAAGGAGGUGGAACGAGGCACGAUCCAGACACAGUGGGUCAUCAAGGCAUUUGAUGAGUGUCGGCGGCUUGGUCUGACACCUGAGUGGGAGAGCAAAGUGCGGGCAGCGUUUCCGAAAGAGACGGGCAUGCUGGUGGCAGAGGUUGUGCUACCGGAUGGUCCUGGGCAUAAGCACCUCGAAGAAGGUGAUGUACUGGUUAGGGUGAAUGGCAAGCUCCUCACGAAGUUCGCUGAGCUCGACGAUAUCCUGGACAGGGGCGUGGGCGGCAAGGUGAAGUUGCUGGUCCAGAGAGGUGGCGAGAAUGUCCAAGUCGAGCUGAAUGUGGGAGAUCUGCACGCCAUCACACCAGAUCGCUUCGUUUCCGUCGCGGGAGCUGCUUUCCACAACCUCUCCUACCAACAAGCCCGUCUAUAUGCAGUCUCGCUCAAGGACCCAGGAGUCUACUGCUGUGAAGCGUCUGGAUCUUUCCGCUUUGAAGGCUCUGAGUCUGGAUGGCUCGUUCAGACAAUCGACCACAAGCCGACACCCGACCUCGACACUUUCGUCGAAGUGAUGAAGGGCAUCCCCGAUCGGAGUAGGGUCGUUGUCACCUACAAGAACAUUCGCGACAUGCAUACUGUGGCCACUACCAUCAUACUUGUGGACCGACACUGGCACAAGCACAUUAGGCUGGCUGUCCGUAAUGAUGUGACCGGCGUCUGGGACUUUACGGAUCUUGCAGAGCCACUUCCACCUGUCGCGCCAGUGGCACGGAGAGCCAACUUCAUCCAGAUGACGAGCACGAAGCAUCCCGCUGCGGUGGACAUUGUACGCUCGUUCGUGCGGGUUGGCGCUAACAUCCCGAUCAAGCUCGACGGCUAUCCACGAGCUCGCAAGGUUGGUUUUGGUCUGGUCAUUGACGCUGAAAAGGGUCUUGUUGUCGUCUCGAGAGCCAUCGUGCCAUACGACAUGUGCGACAUCUCCAUCACCAUCGCCGACUCGAUCAUUAUCGACGGUAAGGUCGUUUUCAUGCAUCCGCUGCAGAACUACACCAUCAUCCAGUACGACCCGAGCUUGGUGCAAGCGCCUGUCAAGAGCGCGAAGCUGGCAUCGAGACCGAUCAAGCAGGGCGAGGACACCAUCUUCUUUGGCUUCAACCAGAACUAUCGCCCGGUUGUGGCAAAGACAGCGGUCACAGACAUUACCACUGUUACAAUUCCUACCAGCGCGUCAUCUCCACGGUACCGUGCAGUCAACCUCGACGCCAUCACAGUCGAUACCAGUCUCAGCUCCCAGUGCGGUAGCGGCGUACUCGUUUCCGAAGACGGCACGGUAGAAGCGCUGUGGCUCAGCUAUCUCGGCGAGCGGAGCGUACACAGUGGUAAGGACAUUGAGUACCACCUCGGCCUCGCCACCCCAGCCCUCCUCCCCAUCAUCGACGAAGUCAAGAGCGGCGGCAAGCCCGACCUCCGCAUCCUCAAUCUCGAAAUGCAAACCAUCCAGAUGAGCCAAGCGCGCAUCAUGGGCGUCUCCGAGAAAUGGAUCGAGCGCGUGGAGAAGCAGGACCCCGAGCGCCACCAACUCUUCAUGAUCCGCAAAGUCGACGCCGGCAACGUCGGCGGCCUGGCCGAGAGCGACAUCAUCCUCACCAUCAACGACGAGCUCGUCACGCGGGUGAAUGACUUGGAUGUAAUGUACAACCACGACGUGCUCAACGUCCGCGUCGUGCGCAAGAACCAGGAGAUCGAAAUGGAAGUCCCCACCGUCCCGACCUCGGAGCUCGAAACCGACCGGGUCGUCGUCUUCUGCGGCGCUGUCCUGCACCGUCCCCACCACGCUGUGCGUCAGCAGAUCAGCAAAGUGCACUCCGACAUCUACGUCUCGGCCCGCAUGCGCGGCUCACCGGUCUACAUGUACGGUCUCGCGCCUACAAACUUCAUCUUGGCCGUCAACGCGGUCCCGACACCAGAUCUCGCGAGUUUCAUUCGCGAAACGGCGAAGAUCCCGGAUAACACGUACUUCCGGCUGAAGGUGAUGACGUUUGACAAUAUCCCCUGGGUGGCGACGAUGAAGAAGAACGAGCAUUAUUUCCCCACGGUGGAGUUUGUCAAGGACGCCGGGGUGCGGGAGGGGUGGAGGCGGGUGACGUAUGAGGGCGGGGAGGUGAAGAGGGGGGAGGGGGAGUUGAUGCCCGAGGGGGCGGAUGCGGAGUUGGAGAAUGUGGAGGGGUGA